CAGCACCGCCCCGGCGCUUGUUGUCGAAGUGUGGAACGACGCAUCGCAGAGCGCCGUGCUCGAUUGACGCUGUCUGCUGAGCUGCUACCGACUGCGGCUGCCUCCGGAUAACACGGCUGCUCGCUAAUUCACGUCCGCCGGGGCUUUCGCCGAAAAGCCGAGAGUAAAAAAAAAAAAAAAAAAAAAAAAAAAAGGUCCGAGUUUCAAAAAAAAAAAACACACAAAGCGAGCGAGGGAGAGAACGAGCGAGAGCGAGCGAGCGAGAGCGAGCGCGAGACAACAAGGCGGGCAAGAAACGUCGCUCCGCCGGAGUCCGCACCCAAGAAUGGCUUCGGGAGACCUUUACGAGGUGGAGCGGAUCGUGGACAAGCGGCGAAACAAGAAGGGCAAGUGGGAGUACCUGAUCAGGUGGAAGGGCUAUGGAAGUAAGGAGGACACCUGGGAGCCAGAGCAUCACCUGCUGCACUGCGAGGAGUUCAUCGAUCAGUUUAACAGCUUGCGACUAAACAUGCAUAAACGGCCCAAACCCCUGAAGAUACCCGCAGGGACGGCUGGCCUGCCGUCCCUUGUCACCAGACGCCCGCCUGCCCCAGAAUCCUCCAGAGCCCGGAUAGAGUCCCGCAAGAAGAAAAGGACUAGUGGCACAGGGGUUGCGGUCAGAGUUGGAAGUGGGCUAGAUAUGGGGAGUCGGGGUUCAGGGGCCACUCAGAGGCAGAAGAAAGUGAGUGGAGGAGAGAAACGGACUACAGGGGACAGGCCAAGCAAAGCCAGGGCUUACAAGGUUCCUCCGCCAGGGGGGCUUCAGUUUGUGCCCCCACUGAGGGCUCCACACAAUGGACUCCAGAAUGGGGAUGUGGAGCCCCUCAUGUACCGGGCAGCAGCGAGGUCCCACAGACUGCCCUUAGACCAAAUGGAAAGGAUACUAGGAGAGAUGGGUACUGCUGGACAACAGCUUAACAAUGGACUAGGCGCCUCUCCAGCCAACGGCGGGAUUCAUCAGCACAGCUCGGCGAAGCGGAAGUUGGUUGAGGACAAAGGCUACAUGUUCGAUAAGCGGCUGAGGUACAACGUGCGACAGAACGAGAGCAACUGUCGAUUCCGAGACAUCGUGGUGAAGAAAGAGGAGGGCUUCACGCACAUCCUGCUCUCCAGCCAAACAACCGACAACAACGCACUCACCCCUGAGAUCAUGAAGGAAGUGUCCCGGGCCCUGGGUAAUGCAGCCGCUGAUGACAGUAAAUUGUUGUUGCUGAGUGCGGUGGGGACCGUUUUCUGCAGCGGCCUGGAACCAUCCUAUCUGAUAGGGCAUCUGUCAACUGACCGGAGGAAAGAGAGCAUUCGUAUUGCCGAUGCCAUACGGGAUUUUGUGUUGGCGUUCAUUCACUUCAAGAAGCCCAUUGUGGUGGCUGUAAAUGGGCCCGCCCUGGGCCUGGGGGCCUCCAUCCUGCCCCUGUGUGAUGUGGUGUGGGCCAGCGAGAGGGCCUGGUUCCAGACUCCUUGCGCCAGCCACCGCUUAACCCCGUCCGGCUGCUCCUCGUACACCUACCCUCAGAUCCUCGGUGUAGCUCUGGCCAAUGAGAUGCUCUUCUGUGGAAGGAAACUUACAGCACAAGAAGCGUGCAGUCGAGGUCUUGUAUCACAAGUCUUCUGGCCAACCACAUUCAACCAGGAAGUGAUGCUCCGUGUCAAGGAAAUGUCAUCAUGCAGUGCGGUGGUUCUGGAAGAAUCCAAGUGCCUGGUGAGGAGUAUCCUGGUAUCUGUCCUGGAGGAGGUGAAUGAGAAAGAGUGUCAAAUGCUGAAACAGCUUUGGUGCUCGACCAAAGGACUGGAGGCCCUCUUCAGUUACCUGCAGAACAAGGCGUAUGAGAACUGAUCGCUCGCCUCUGGAGAACUUAGACCCUUGGACUGGUCAGCACUGAUCCGACGUGAUCUGCAGAGAAACAUCCACGGUGAUAAGGCUGUGGUCUUCAACUGCUAAAGAAAAGACACAGCAACGUUUUC